CGUCAGUAAUCACGCCACUACCCUCCCUUUGAAAGUGUGAUUCUGAUUGGACGACGGUGUACGACCAAAAAUACGGCUAUUCUGUCGUGGUGUUUUCACGAAGUUCAGUGUUCGCACAUUUUGACAUAACAUUCGUGAGUGUUAUUUAACGUUAUCAUCAUAUUUUUGUGUAAGUAUGCAUUCUUUUAUAAGAUAUAAUACAUUUUACAUGAAAUGUUUGUGAAUAUCAAGUAAUGUGGCGUGUGUUUUCUAUAUAGUAUCACCGUAUCGUAUAAUUGUGUUUACUUGCAAACGUGGUGUUGUGGUUGAUUUGCAGUGCUGCAGUUUUAUAAAACAAAUGACAAUGCACAAAUCCAGCGGCAAAUCUUGCUUAUUCGUGUUGUUUUGUGUCGCCCUUGUGGCGCCUUAACCUAUACAUGGUACAAUGAACUCCAUCUGGGACAUUGUCGCCGCAGUGUAUUCUAUUGCCGCAGUUUAGUAUAUUGACAUUAAAAAAUCACAGUGCACGAAAUAAUGGAAACUGCGGCGGUUGAUUGUAGGUAGCUCGUAAAGAAAUUGUCCCUGGCACGACGAAAAUGAACAUGACGGACGACGGCUGCGCCAUGACGAGCUUCUGGAUCGACGGCACCCUCGGCGCCAUCAAGGCCAUCGCCUUCGUGUGCGACAUCAUCACCUACCCGGUCUACCUGCUCAUCCAGCGGCCCUGGGAGAAGAAGCGCCUCUCCCGGCGGAUGAAGGCGGAGCCGGUGGCGCUGGAGGAGCGGUCGGUGACGUACCGCAGCGUGGACGCGCCGCGCGCCAUGCACGUGCGGCUGCGGCGCGAGGGCGUGGACACGCUGGACAAGAUGCUGCAGUUCGUGGCGCGCGUGCACGGCGCCAAGCGCUGCCUGGGCACGCGCGAGAUCCUGGCCGAGGAGGACGAGCCGCAGGCCAACGGGCGCGUCUUCAAGAAGUACCUGCUGGGCGACUACCGCUGGCGCUCCUUCGAGGAGGUGGAGCGCAUCGCCGCCAACUUCGGGCGCGGGCUGCGCGAGCUCGGCCAGUCGCCCCGGCACAACAUCGUCAUCUUCGCCGAGACGCGCGCCGAUUGUGACGAUUUAUGCAACCCUUGGAGAAGAAGCAAUUGCUCAUGGAAUAAACGAAACUGAAGUUUCAGUUGUUAUCACAAGCCACGACUUGCUUCCGAAAUUCAAAAAAAUUCUAGCCAUGACUCCGAAAGUACAAAUGCUAAUUUACAUGGAAGAUCAGCUUAAAAAGACAGACACGAGUGGCUUCAAAGAAGGUGUAGCAAUUAUUCCAUACGCAGAAGUAUUAAAGAAGGGAAGCGCUUCCAAGAAAGAGGCAAGUCCUCCAAGUCCUGAUGAUAUUGCAAUAAUUAUGUACACCAGUGGAUCAACAGGAGUACCAAAAGGAGUAUUAUUAACACACAGAAACAUACUAAGGUGCAUGCAAGCAUUUUCAGAUGCAGUGGACAUCUAUGAUGAUGAUGUAUUCCUUGGCUUCCUGCCUUUGGCUCACGUCUUCGAAAUUUUGGCAGAGUCUGUGUGUUUACUGUGUGGAGUGUCGAUAGGUUAUUCUACUCCUUUGACAAUGAUAGACACAUCAAGUAAAAUAAAGAAGGGUACAAAGGGUGAUGCAUCAGUCUUGAAACCGACUUGCCUUACAUCUGUUCCUCUUAUUCUGGAUCGCAUUUCCAAAGGCAUCAGUGACAAAGUAUCGAAAGGUUCUCCUUUCCAAAGGGCAUUAUUUAACUUUGCCUAUGAAUACAGACGUAAAUGGAUGAAGCGGGGAUUUGAUACCCCUCUUAUUAAUAGAGUGGUGUUCAGCAAGUCAAGGCAGCUGGUGGGAGGCCGGGUGAGGCUCAUCUUGUCUGGUGGAGCUCCCCUCUCUCCAGAUACUCACGAACUCAUUAAAGUGUGUCUGUGUGUGACAGUAACUCAGGGUUAUGGGCUUACGGAAACCUGUGCUUGUGCAACAGUAAUGGACAGACAUGACCGGUCAACUGGUAGAGUUGGUGGACCGACGACAGUCUGUGACAUUAAACUGGUAGACUGGGAGGAAGGUAACUACCGUGUCACUGACAAACCUUUCCCACGAGGAGAAAUUGUUAUUGGAGGAGAAAACAUCUCACCUGGUUAUUACAAGAUGCCAGAAAAGACAAAAGAAGACUUCUUUGAUGAAGAUGGUAAACGGUGGUUUCGCACUGGUGACAUUGGUGAAGUCCAGAGUGACGGUGUUAUCAAAAUCAUCGACCGUAAGAAGGAUUUAGUGAAGCUGCAACUUGGAGAGUAUGUGUCGCUAGGCAAAGUGGAAGCAGAGCUAAAGACUUGCCCAUUAGUAGAGAACAUCUGUGUUUACGGAGACUCGACAAAAACAUACACAGUAGCCCUGGUUGUGCCGAACCAACAACAUCUAGAGACUUUAGGCACCAAACUGGGUCUGGCUGAUCUAGCAUUUGAGCAAUUAUGUUCUAAUUCUGCUGUAGAGAAGGCAGUACUCCAAGAAUUGGUUGACCAUGGCAAGAAAUGCAAGCUGGAAAAGUUUGAAGUUCCUGCUGCCAUCAAAUUGUGCACUGAAGUGUGGUCCCCAGACAUGGGUCUUGUGACAGCUGCCUUCAAAUUGAAGAGGAAGGAUAUUCAGGAGAGGUACCAGCAUGAGAUCAAUCGUAUGUAUGCCUCAUGAUCGUGGGUUUGGUUCUAGGAAGCAAGCUCUUAAGUUCUAGAAGAAAUGAACUGUUGGAAGACUCGAAUGAAUGAAAGAACAACAAAGUACACUUUGCUGAUAUCUCUUGUAUGAGCUCAAGAGAAGAGUCUUGUGCGAGGCUGUGGCAAUUCUUGGAAUUGCAUUAGUACAAGAAAUAUUACUGAAAAUCAUUGUUCAAAUUAAUAAUUCUAGAAAAGGGAAGUGACCUUGGCAAACAAGGAAUGGUGGAGAUGAAAGUUAAUGUAUUUUUAGAACAGUAUGUAGUUCUUGGUUGUCUUUUUUUUUUUAUUAUUAUUUUAAAGUUCCCACAAGUUCAGUAAAAUUUUGUGGAACUAAUGUGUGGCAUAUUGUACUGUAUCAUAAAAUGGAACAGUGCACUAGUUUGAUGUAAAUAACUUUGUGACCUAUAUGUAGGUUUUGCUCUGUCAUGCAAAAGUCAGUGCAAAUUUUUUGAUGACUUAACUUGUGUCCAUGCUGUGCAUGGGCAGAUAGACAUCUGUUUGCAUCUCUGAAUACUGUAGCCCUGUACUAGUCUUAAGUUCAAAUAUUCAAUCCAGUUGCUAUGUACUUCACAUCACAUCUGCACUACAACACUUUACAUUGAUUGUGAUAUCUAUUUUUGUAUGUACAUAUACUUUUCAGUUUCUUUGCUGUGGUUUUAUGAAUUAGGCUAAAUAAUGUGAAAUUCAUCUUGAUGAACAAUUUGUAAAUAGAAUGUUAAUGCAAUGUUUGAGAUAAUCUCUGUAAAUGAGGUUGAUUGAAAGAAUGGGAAAUGUUAGGGAUUUGUAAAUGUGAAAGAUAAAAAUGAAUCUAAUUUUCCCUUUGAUCAGGGAAAUAUAAUUUUUGAUGUUAUGAAUAUGAUGAUAAAUUCUUGUAAAAAGAAUUCCACUGUCGACUGUCUUGUGUGUAUCAAAGUAAUUGAUAAGAUUUGUUAAAUGUUUGUGUGAAUGUGUGAAUGCUUAGUUACUGAGGUGUUGGCAAUUAUAAUUCAACUGGAAGAAUUAUGUACAACUUUCCCUUCUGAAUGGUAUGUAACUUCUAGGUGGUGCUAUGUAUUAAUUUUUGUUUUUCUUUGGGUUUAGGCCAUAUUCUCAAAUCUUGUAAAAAGUUAACAAUGAAUAUUUAAUUUUAAUGCAGAGUAAAUUGGCAUAUCAUGUACCUCCGGUUGUUGCAGUUUCUGGUGAGAAUUAUUUAUAAACAAGAUUGCAUGUUAUGGUGAACUGCAAUAAGUUGAAUUUUUCAAAGCGCUGGGCUUUUGAAGGUUUCUAUACAUCAGUGUACAAUGUGUACAGAUAUUUGUAUGUGCAAUAAAUUACUGUAAUUUGAAUAGUGCACAUUUGAAUGUAAAAUUACAUUUAAUGUUCCUUGUCCAUUCCCUUUCCAACGUGUAAUUUUUCUUUUAAACAGAAAAUAUUGAAAAAUGCUCAUGAAAACUAGCUGC